AGGGGCUGUCUCACACACAGAGCAAGCGAGACAGCUACUGCAGGCUAGCGGCUGUGUUAAAGGACAGACAAUCCCAUCUGUGCUGGUCUCUGCAGCAUCUCAUUGUACACCGUGAUCAUGUUGGACACCGUGAGCAGCCAGUACAACUCUUUCAUGUUUUGGAAACAACCCAUCCCAAAGCUGGACCUGUCUGAGUUAGAAUGCCUGAGCUUUGAGGAACCCAACAAACUCAAUCAAGCUAAGAACUCUUCCAUGAAGAACUCUGAAGAUAUGGAUGGUAUCCUGUUACAAUACACGGCUUUCAAUUAUUGGAGGGAACCCAUAGCUAGCAUCGAUGGCUUGGACUUUGACCUCAUUUAAAGCUCCUACAGAACAGUCUCUGCCUUCUCAAAUCUGUAACACAAAAAACACUAUUUAUAUUCCUGUAUUUAUUUAUUUAUGUAUUUAUUUAUUUCUUCUGUAAGACCCUGGAGGUUUCUUUAGAAAUGUGUUUGGAUUAAUUUACACUUAUGUAAAGGUUGUGGGGUUUUAUUUAAUUUGAAUGUCACAAUAAAGCUUUAGCACUUAAUUGGACAAACAUGAGUAUUCACAAAAA